AUGUUGAAAUAUUCUUGCUUGUGCAUGUUAUUAACUUGUGUAAACUGUGUUGUUUUUGAGAAUGGUACAGAAGCAAAUGUAACAGCGAGUGAUAGAAACUUUAUUAGUGCUUGUGGGGAUGUUUUUACUAAAAAACAAUUUGUUUUGGAGUCUGCUAACUAUCCUUUAGCAUAUCCCGAAAACGCUGAUUGCUCCUAUUUAAUCAAAGGGCCUUACUGUCCGACAUAUUUCCAGUUUCAAUUUUUGGAUUUUAAUGUUGAACAGUCCCCUGGGUGCGUGAAGGAUCGGCUUGAAGUGGAUAACUUAGAUGCUCUAUGUGGGACAAAAAAUGGGAUCAAGAAUUAUUACUCCAAAACAGGAGCUCUUCAGGUGCACUUCAAAAGCGAUGCAACAAUGUCUGGGAGAGGUUACAAAAUUUUAAUCUCCAGAUUACCUUGUAAUAUGAACACCAACACAACAAAAAUAACACCAGAAAAGCCCAUAGUGACGAAUUACAUCCCAGCUACAAAUUCUCAUCAAUGCUGUCUGAACACAUACAACUCCAAGAUUAUGUUAAUAACAUCCCCAAACUUUCCGUAUACAGUAAACUCGCCCAUUGAGUGCGUCUACAAAAUUCAAAAACACAACAACAUGGUUUGUCGACUACGAAUGGAAUUCAUAUUCUUUAAUUUAGGCCAACAAAAGUACAACGACUGUCAGGAAGGGCACAUAGAAAUAGAUGGCAAACUUAUCUGUGGUUGUAAAGCAAACCUAAAGUUAAUCUCACAGUUCAACGAGGGAGAACAUGAUAAAGUCAUCAGGUUUAAAUCAUCAGGAUUAAAAAGACCUUUUCAGACAGGGUUUGUAAUAAAAGUUAUACAGGAUGAAUGCCCUAAACGGUACAUUCCUGCAAAAUUGUUGAACAAUUUAAAUGGAACAACAGGAUUUCAUUUUUACAAUGAUCAGAAAAACAAAGUGGCUUGGCCAGGGCACACCCAAGUGACUCUAAAAAAUAGAUUGCAUGAUAUUAACGAGAGGACAGAGAUUUUAGAUGAUAAUGUUAAUACUAUCGAGAGUGAUAAUGCUGUAACACAUAUAUACUACUUUUCAUACCCUGAGGAAGAUGAGGUAAUUCCACAAAAAUCCUAUAAAGAUGUAGAAGAAACAUCAUAUGUAUACACAGUCAAUAUAAACUAUAUUCUUCCUGAUAGCAACGACUUCAACUAUUGCUAUAACUGGCAUACCUACCAAUUUAACAACUUAUAUUCAACCUACAACAAAAACUCUUUGCAAUGUCAAAACACCAAUCAAGGAACCAACAAUUACCACCCAACAGAAAAAAAUUGUGUUGACUUAAACUACGUUAAAGGAUACUUUAAGAGCCCUGGUUAUCCACUCAACUAUCCUUCAAACGUAAACAUUUGUUAUAGGUUUAGGAAACAAACAGGCUAUUGUGCAAUUAAGGUGUAUGUGAAUGAUUUUCAACUGGAACCAAGUCAGGAUUGUAAUAAUGCCUAUUUGCUAUGGGCCAAUGGGCACAAAUUUUGUGGUGAUAGUCUUCAUAAUUCCAUAGGCACCUUUGAUUUUACUACCUCCAACCAUUUGGAAGCAAGUUUUGUAUCAAAUCGAAGGAGUUUUUAUUGUCAAAGGGGUUUCUAUGGGACUUACGAGCAAGUUCCUUGCCAGGACAAUAAUAAUUAUUAUCCUGGUAUAACUCCUUAUAUGCAUACAACUCCUAAGCCAUAUGUUUAUCCUACUCCAGCUCCUACUGUUAAGCCAACUCUGCCAUGUGAUAAAAUUUAUCAGGAGUUAAAUUUUGAUGUUGAAGUUUAUGGAAAUAGUUAUGAUAGAUGUGUUAUUAUGAUUAAAAAGGCCAACCCAAAAGUUUGUAAAGUGAAUCUGUAUCUGGAAGUUUUCAAUCUCCAAUGUUCCACAGAAUCCAUAACAAUAAAUGAAAUGGUGUACUGUGGAAAGUUGUCUGGAAAAUUAUUCACAUUAGAUUUGGAAGAAGGUCCUCAAGAACUGAUUUAUAGAAGACUACUAAAUCCUGGCAAUUCAAAUUUGAUAUUUAGAAUUAAAGGGAAUCAAAUACGAAAUAGCUGUCCAGAAGUAGAACCGGCUAGAAUAACUCUUCAAAACUUGAUGAUUUUGAAUACGACAAAUAUAAGCAAAGAACCAUUAAUAAAUCAAUCAAAAAUUGCAUUUUCUAUGAAAAAUCAACAUCUCAAUGAUAUUUGUGGAAUAAUAUCAAACUCAACAGAUUCCAAUAUUUCUUCGUCGGUAUGUGAAGAGCUAAAAUUUAAAAACAAUGUUACAUAUUGUUCGCAGAUUAACGACAAUAUUUCUUAUGUGCCAUUUUCUAAAGUUAAAACUUUAGAUCUUAAUAUUCGAAAUAAUAAAACAGAGAAGCUUGAAUAUCAGGAAAUUGAUUGUGAUAAUUUAGUCAAAUACAGAAGAUAG